AGCGACUGACUGUGGAACAACAUUUCAAGGUUCUUGGUGGAGUUGCGGUGUCCUGAUUUGAGUCGUGUCCGUACUUCAACUUAGCCCGUGUCCGAGCGGGAUCACAGACGCCUUAAACAAUGGUGUUUAAAGAGUUAUGCAUCUAAUUCAGUUCAUCUGAAGGGUGCUUAUACUUCAAAGAGAAACAUUUGCGAAAUAAAGCGAGAGAGGAUUCUUCACGAUGAGACUCGCUGCGGUGCUUUGUGGCAGUCUUUUAACUUUCACGCUUCUCGCCGAAGGUGUUUUAGGUGCUGCCGAAUGCUCAUGUGGAAGAAAUCACUUCACGUGUGCGGUCAGUGCGUUUGGCGAGUGCACGUGCAUCCCGGCGCAGUGGCAGUGUGAUGGUGACAAUGACUGCGGAGAUCACAGCGAUGAAGACGGAUGCAUAUUGCCCACAUGUUCACCGUUAGACUUUCACUGUGAUAAUGGAAAAUGCAUCCGGCGCUCGUGGUUAUGCGAUGGAGACAACGACUGUGAGGACGACUCUGAUGAACAAGACUGUCCUCCACGAGAAUGCGAGGAGGAUGAGUUUCAUUGUCAGAAUGGAUACUGUAUCCGCAGCCUGUGGUACUGUGAUGGAGACAAUGACUGUGGAGAUAACAGUGACGAGCAAUGCGAUAAGAGGAAGUGCUCUGAUAAAGAGUUCCGCUGCUCUGAUGGAAGUUGCAUCGCAGAACACUGGUACUGUGAUGGAGACACCGACUGCAAAGAUGGAACUGAUGAAGAGAAUUGCCCAUCUGACGUGAUGACAGCCACAUGCAGUGUUGAGGAGUUUCAGUGUGCAUAUGGCCGCUGCAUUCUGGACAUCUACCACUGUGAUGGAGAUGAUGACUGCGGGGACUGGUCUGAUGAGUCUGACUGCUCCUCCCACCAGCCCUGCCCUUCUGCAGAGUUCAUGUGCAGCAGUGGCAUGUGUAUAAACGCAGGCUGGAGGUGUGACGGAGAAUACGACUGUGACGACCAAUCAGAUGAAAAGAACUGCAGCACAUCGAUGUGCAUGGCUGAUCAGUUUCGCUGUACGUCUGGUCGAUGUGUGCGCUUGUCAUGGCGCUGUGAUGGUGAGGAUGACUGCUCUGAUAACAGCGAUGAAGAAGGCUGUGAAAAGACUGAAACUCCUCCAUGUGCGUCGGAUCAGUUCCUGUGUGGAAAUGGCCGUUGUAUUGGUCAGCGUAAGGUUUGUAAUGACGUCAAGGACUGUGAAGACGGGACUGAUGAGCUUCCACACCAGGACUGUCGCUCCAAGUCGAGUGAAGAAAACUGUAAUGUUAACAAUGGAGGCUGCUCACAGAAAUGCCAGAUGUCUCGCGGUCUGGUGCAGUGCACUUGUCACACCGGCUACACGUUAACUCAGGACGGGAAGACGUGCAGAGAUGUGGAUGAGUGUGCGGAUGAAGGCUACUGUAGUCAAGGCUGUACCAACAUAGAAGGAGGAUUUCACUGCUGGUGUGUGCAAGGUUACGAGCUUCGACCCGACAAACGCAGCUGCAAAGCUUUGGGUCCAGAACCAGUUUUGUUGUUUGCGAACCGGAUUGACAUCCGACAGGUUCUGCCGCACCGCUCAGAGUACACGCUAUUACUGAAUAACCUGGAAAACGCCAUAGCGCUGGACUUUCAUCAUAGCAAAGAGCUGGUGUUCUGGUCCGAUGUGACAUUGGACCGCAUCAUGAGAGCCAGUCUGAACGGCAGUAAUGUGGAGGAGGUCGUGUCCACGGGUCUUGAGAGUCCAGGUGGUCUGGCCAUCGACUGGAUUCAUAAUAAGCUCUACUGGACUGACUCAGGAACGUCUCGUAUUGAAGUGGCCAAUCUGGACGGCACACACCGUAAAGUGCUUUUAUGGCAGAGGAUGGAGAAACCCCGUGCCAUCGCUCUUCAUCCAAUGGAGGGGAAGAUUUACUGGACUGACUGGGGAAAUAUGCCUUGCAUUGAAUAUGCCAACAUGGACGGCUCAAAUCGCAAAAUAAUCGCAGAUACGCACCUCUUCUGGCCCAAUGGACUCACCAUUGACUAUGCCGGUCACCGUAUGUACUGGGUGGAUGCCAAACACCACGUCAUUGAAAGAGCUGACCUGGAUGGGAAGAACAGAAAGGCUGUCAUCAGCCAAGGCCUUCCACAUCCUUUUGCCAUCACCGUGUUUGAAGACAGUCUGUACUGGACCGACUGGCACACCAAGAGUAUCAACAGUGCAAACAAGUUUACUGGCAAGAACCAAGAGGUCAUCCGAAACAAGCUGCAUUUUCCCAUGGACAUCCACACCCUACACCCACAGAGACAACCUGCAGGUGGGAGAAAUCGCUGUGGGAGCAAUAAUGGAGGCUGCAGUCACCUGUGUCUUCCAAGCAAUAAGACCUACACCUGUGCAUGUCCUACAGGCUUUAAAAAGGUGGACCACUAUAACUGUGCCCAGAGUCUUGACAAGUUCCUGCUUUUUGCCCGAAGGACGGACAUCCGUCGAAUCAGCUUUGACAAUGAAGACAAGCUGGACGACGUCAUUCCACUGGCUGAUAUUCGAAACGCAGUGGCCCUGGACUGGGACUCCAGUGAGCGUUAUAUAUACUGGACUGACGUCACCACUGAUUCCAUCAACCGAGCGAAAUGGGAUGGAAGCAAACAGGAGGUUGUGGUGGACACCAGUUUGGAAAGCCCUGCAGGUCUAGCUAUCGAUUGGCUUACUCAUAAACUAUACUGGACUGAUGCAGGCACAGAUCGGAUUGAAGUUUCAAACACAGAUGGAAGCAUGCGCACAGUUCUGAUCUGGGAGAAUCUCGACCGUCCGCGGGACAUUGUCGUUGACCCGAUCGGAGGAUUCAUGUACUGGACAGAUUGGGGUGCGAAUCCAAAGAUUGAACGUGCUGGAAUGGACGCGUCCAACCGUACGGUUAUCAUCUCAACAAACCUGACCUGGCCUAAUGGGUUGGCAAUCGACUACAGCACUGAGCGGCUGUACUGGGCCGAUGCUAGCAUUAAGACCAUUGAGUAUGGCAACUUUGAUGGAUCAGGCAGACAGGUGUUGAUUGGCAGUCAGUUGCCUCAUCCAUUUGGGUUGACGCUCCAUGAAGACAGAAUUUACUGGACAGACUGGCAAUCCAAGAGCAUCCAGAGUGCAGACAAGCUGACUGGUUUGGACCGAAGAACGCUUGCAGAAAACCUUGAAAACCUCAUGGACAUUCACAUGUUCCACCGUCACAGAACUACAGUCCAGACGCCCUGUUUGGUGAAUAAUGGCGGCUGCAGUCACCUUUGCCUCCUGGCUCCUGCUCCCAAAGGCUCAAGCUGUGCGUGUCCCACUGGUAUCAACCUACAGGCGGACGGCAAGACCUGCACUCACGCAAUGAACAGCUUCCUGAUCUUUGCCCGACGGACGGACAUCAGAAUGAUUUCUUUAGACAUCCCAUACUUCGCCGAUGUGGUUCUGCCAGUAAGCGCGUCUAUGAAAAACACCAUUGCCAUUGGCGUGGAUGCAGUAGAAGGUAAAGUGUACUGGUCAGACAGUACAUUAAAGAAAAUCAGCAGAGCCAAUGUCAAUGGUACUGAACAUGAGGACAUUAUUUCCACUGGUCUGAUGACCACAGAUGGUCUGGCAGUGGAUUCAGUGGGCAGAAAAAUCUACUGGACGGACACAGGGACGAACCGCAUCGAGGUGGCUAAUCUCAAUGGCUCCAUGAGAAAAGUGCUUGUGUGGCAGAACCUGGACAGCCCUCGUGCCAUCGCCCUGUUCAAUGAGAUGGGGUACAUGUACUGGACUGACUGGGGUGAGCAUGCCAAGCUGGAGCGCUCCAAUAUGGAUGGUUCGGAUCGUGUGAUUCUGAUAAAUAACAAUCUGGGCUGGCCUAAUGGACUGGCCAUAGACAAAGCUAGUUCACAGCUGCUAUGGGCUGAUGCACAUACUGAGCGGAUAGAAGCAUCUGAUCUUAAUGGUUCAAACCGGAGGACCCUGGUGUCUCCCGUCCAGCACCCAUACGGUCUCACUCUGUUGGGGCCGCACAUGUACUGGACGGACUGGCAGAGUCGCAGUAUUCAUAGAGCAGACAAGGAAACUGGAGCAAACUCCAUCACUGUCCGCUCCAACUUACCCGGCCUCAUGGACAUCCAAGCUGUUGACCGUGCAAGACCUUUGGGCUUUAAUAAAUGUGGCAGGAGAAACGGUGGCUGCUCUCACCUGUGCCUGCCUCGGCAUAAUGUGACGUCCUGUGCGUGUCCCACCGGUAUUCUGCUGAAAAGUGAUGGGAGAUCAUGUGACAAUUUGCCAGAAACAUACCUGCUCUUUUCAAAUCGUGUCAGUGUUCGAAGAAUCUCUCUAGACACUAAUGACCACACGGACGUGUACGUGCCUGUGCCCGAGUUGCAUAAUGUGAUUUCCUUGGACUAUGACAGCGUGGAGAGGAAGCUCUACUAUACGGAUGUGUCUCUGGAUGUUAUAAGACGGGUGAAUUUAGACGGCAGCAACAUGGAAACUGUGAUCAGUCAGGGUCUGAAGACGACUGAUGGGCUUGCUGUUGACUGGGUGGCCCGUAACAUGUACUGGACAGACACCGGCCGUAACACCAUUGAAGUGGCUCACUUAGAUGGGACGUCUCGGAAAGUUCUGGUGAAUAACAGUCUGGAUGAACCAAGAGCCAUUGCUGUGUUUCCUAGCAAAGGGUUCUUAUUCUGGACAGACUGGGGUCACAUUGCAAAGAUUGAGCGUGCGUACCUGGAUGGCACGGACAGGAAAGUCCUCAUUAAUACAGAUCUGGGAUGGCCGAAUGGCUUGACGCUGGACUAUGACACUCGCAGGAUCUUUUGGGUGGAUGCACACUUGGACCGCAUAGAAAGUUCUGACUUGAAUGGCAAACUGCGUCAAAUUCUCAUCAGCCCCGUAUCACACCCGUUUGCCCUCACGCAGCAAGACCGUUGGAUUUACUGGACGGACUGGCAGACCAAGUCUAUUCAGCGAGUAGAUAAGCAUACAGGUCGUAGUAAGGAAACAGUGCUGGCUAAUGUAGAGGGCCUCAUGGACAUCAUAGUGGUGUCGCCACAAAGACAAACUGGAACAAAUCAUUGCGGUGUAAAUAAUGGCGGCUGCACACACUUGUGUCUUGCGAGGGGUAACAGUUUUGUGUGUGCAUGUCCAGAUGAGCCUGACGGCAGACCCUGCUCUACAAUCUCUGGUUACAUUCCCACGGCACCUGAGAAGGACACCAAAGGUACUCAAGCCCCCAGAAAGCACCCCACAGAGAAACCUCAUCAGGGCCUGUCAGUGGUCAAUUGUACAGACGCAAAUCUCAAUCUAGAGGACUGCAUCCAGAACAAUGUGGUGUCCGCACCACGUGAUGAGAGCCCUCAUAUCAGCUACGUGAUUGGUGGAGCUCUGUCAGUACUGGCCAUCCUCAUACUCAUCGCUGCAUUCAUUAUUUACAGGCACAAAAAAUUCAAGUUUGCAGAUCCAGGAGUGAGCAACUUGACUUACAGCAACCCUUCAUACAGGACAUCAACGCAGGAGGUUAAAAUAGAAACCGCCCAGAAACCUGCAAUAAACAACCAGCUGCGAUAUAAAAAAGAGGUCCAGGGUGUUUGUGAUGGAGGCUACACUAAAGAGAAGAUCCGCAUCGUGGAAGGCGUUUGUCUGCUCUCAGGAGAGGAUCUUUACUGGGAAGACUUAAGACAGUUGAAAGUGUGUCGAGGAGCCGGGCUUCACGCCUGCAUGCGUACGGACACCGUCUCGCUACAGGCCAGCUCCGCCUCUCUGAACGACGGAGAGACCGAACAGCUGCUGCAGGGCGACCAAUCGGAGUGCUCGAGUCUCAGCACCGCCCACGCCGUCACGGCUCAACAUCACAGCGCUCAUCCCGACACCGGCUGGGUCCCCAACCGUAAAGCCUCUACUGAGAGCGAAGUGUGAAACUGUACUAACACAAACACGGUCAACAUAUGGGAGAACAGAAACUUCUGACCAGAAAAAGGCUUGAAUACACACUGUUAUUAGAAGUAAAACAGGUAGGUACAGUCAUACGGACCACAUAUAUACAUAUAUAUAUACUUAAGCAACUGACACAGAGGAAAGCUAAUGCAUACGUACACCAACAGCCAAAUUAACUGUAAAUAGAUUCGAGACAGACCUCAUACUUGAAAGUUUCCUUUGCAUUACUCUAAACGUCAAUAAUACAUAUAUAUAUAAAAACGGUACAGUGACAUUCGUGCACACAAACCCUCCAUCAUCUUGCUCAGUUCAUCUGGAUUGCCUCUUCUGCCUCUCCUUUCGGACUACAAAAACAGCUUUUUAGGAGAAGGACGAAGCACGCUGGAAUCAGAGACCUUGUGAGAAGGAAAAAGAAACGCUGACAGAUAUUUUGAGCCUUUUUUGUAUACGAGAGAGAAACUCUUUGAAGUAAACUGCGUUUUGUUUCUAAUGCAAGCUCAUGUUAUCAGUUCACGGACUGUCGGUUCGGUAAAAGCUCUCGCAAGGUGUGUCAGCAUCCAGCCCUCAUCUUGCCACGAUGAAAUGUAUUUAUGAACUUUCUGUACUUCGGAUUGGGUUUUUAAUGUUUUCUGUUGAAGUAGUUUUAAAAGCGUUAGGACUGUUGAAAGACUCGUUCACACAAGUUUGUGAUGGUGCCAAAGGACAGAAUUUACACACUCAUGAAGAAUCUGAGGGUUUUUUUUCCAGUUACACUGAAUAUUUCUAAUAAAUUACAGUCCAUUUUAAAGAGUAUUACAGUUGUUUUGUCAAAGCUGAAGCUAGUUUUAAAUAUAUAUGUACACUGUGGAUCAAAAGGUUAGAAUAAUUAUAAUUUUUGUUUUUAAUGUUUCUAAAAAGAAGUCUCUUCUGCUCACCAAAGCUGCAUUUAUUUGAUCAAUAAUGCAGUAAAAACAGUAAAAACGUGAAAUAAUUUUACUAUUUAAAACAGCUAUUUUCUAUAUAAAUAUAUUGUAAAAUGUAAUUUAUUCCUGUCAUGCAACGCUGAAUUUUCAGUGUCACAUGAUCCUUCAGAAAUCAUUCUAAUUUUGCUACUUAUGAAACAUUUCUGGUUAUUAUUUUCUGCCAUUCAGAUGUUUGAGGUAUAAGAAAGAAAAGAAAUGAAUACUUUUGUAAUCUUACAAAAAACUUAUUUCAUAUAAACGCUGGUCUUUUUAAAAUUUCUAUUCAUCAAUGAAUCCAGAAAAAAUAAAAAUAGUAAGUAGCACAACUGUUUUCAACAUUACUAAUAAUAAGAAUUACUAUUAAUAUUUGAGCACCAAUAGCAAUAGUAGUAAGUACAGCCUUGGUGAGCAUAAAACAUAAAACAAUCUCAAUUAUUUCCAUCUUUUGACCGGUAGUGUCAUAUAUAUGAAUAUAAAUAUGGUACACGCUUCUGCCGUUUCUUUUUUGAUGUUAAAUGAGUUGAUUUAGCAACCAAAACAAACAACAGUCAUCUAGAAUCUGUAAAGCACCUUGCACUUGCACAUGAAUUAGCCGUUUAUGAAACGAAAAGGCUAUGCUAAUGUGUAGGUGAAUGUGACUGACUGGGUGAACGUCAUAAAACCUGUCAGGAUCAUGUCCAGGUCAGGUUUACCCCAAAAUGAAAAGAAAUAAGACACUGUUUUGAUGAAAUUUAUAUGAGCAAGUCCAUUUUUUCUCAUUACUGUAAUGCAAAUAAUAAUAAUAGAUUGUCAUUAUUGUAAUAUAUUUUAAUUGUAAAGUAUUUAUACAUCAUGGUAGUGUUUUUGUAUUGCCUUUAUGCUGUUUUAAAUAAUUUGACUUGCUGUAAUACCGUAAAAAAUACUGUUUAAUUCAUUAGAAUCCAAUAUUUAGGAUAAUAAGCUUUCAUGAAAAUAAUCUCACUUUUAAAGUUUCUUUUUAUUUUGGGUUAAGUUUGACUUGGAUGUGUUUUUUUUUUGUUGUUGUUGUUUUGUGAGAUUCACCUCUAUAUUUGGAACUGUUUAUGAUGCUUUCGAAUUUGUUUUGUACAUGUUUCUUUUCUAUAAAGAUUAUUUGAGGAUUGUUAUGAACCCAUAUGUGUUUGAGUUCUCAAAACCACCUUGGAGGAAGUUCUCCAGGGUUCAGGACUAUGUUUUUGCUGCUAAAACACAUGGCGCAUUCAGGCCACACAGUAGUUUAUUGGUCUUGGCAGCUCUGAUCGUUGGCUGACGAGGCGAGCGGAGAUGGUCGCUGUUUAGUUCCCCUUUCUCCCCUCCUUGUGUUUCAGAAAAGAUGUCAGAUUUUUCUGUCAGAGUCUUUUGAACAAACAUUGCAUUAAUUUUAUUCAUUUUAAAUUAUAUAACCACUUCAUUUGUUUGUAGGGUUGGUGCCAGUUAUUUAACAGAGUGCUCUUUUUUUUUUUUUUUGUUCCAGUCACAUGUAACUGCUGUAAGUUAACUAAGAUAUAUUUAUAAUUUUCAUUGGUUGUAACUUGUAUGUAAAUAUGAAGAUGCUGUAUAUGUAGUUCUCCUUUGCAAUACUAACAAGCUGUGUGUGACAGUGAUUUACUUUGCUUUUUUCUAUCUUUAAUAUAAAACUGCAUUUGCUUUUGAA